AUGGUCGGAAGGGCCAAGACCAUCUACAGCAGCCUCCGUAAGGAGCACGUGUCGACGAGUGCGACCAUUCGGACCGUCGACGAUCGCUACGACGACCUCACCUUUGUGAUCGCAGACAAGGGUAUGACGCGCGCCGACUGCGAAGCGCGCUUGGCGCGCUUGGCCAAGAUCAAGCAAGCCGUGGGGCCCCGCAUGGACGUCUUUCACUUUGCGCCCUCCCAAGCCGACGCAGACGAUCUGGCGCUUGUUCUCGAGUCUGACGCGACGCUCGAGACGCUAUCACAAGCCGACGCAGCGCGCCUUCGCAGCCUCGCGGCCCAGCACGGAUCGUUUGGCGAGGAGAAGCAGGCCAAAAUCGCCGCCGCCACGCGCCUGUGCUAUCGCCUCGACCACGUGGAGCGCGAGUUUGAGAUCUGCGAAAGCCUUGGUCUUGGACGCAAGGUGCUGCGGGCCAUCAACGAGCAAGAACGUGUCCGGCUCCGCGCGCACUUGGAGUCGCCAUGGGCCAAAGUCACCUCGAUGGAUGACGUUGUCUUUAGCGAAGAAGAAGCCGCCAAGCGCCGGCUGCGCAUUCUGCACAAACUCGAGGCCAAGGGAACGACGAGCCGCUGCAAGUGCUGCACGUACCGCAAGCACGCACCACGCUACUCAGCGCGCAAGGACUGCCGCGACGUGACGCGACUCCGUGUCGGCGAUUGGGCGACCGAAGACAAUGAGAUUGACGACGAUGUUGCCGACGCCUUUCUGGACGACGAUGUCAAGGAUGGCGACGAUAUGGACCGCGAGCAGUGCGACGGCGCAGCAGAAUACACGGACAUGGUCCUGUCGUAUGUGUAA